UCUUCCCUCACAGACCUGAAGAAAGCGCUGAAGCGACUCUUCACUAACAAGUUGUGGGUUGGGAACCUCUUCAACACGGUUGUCAUCAUCCUGGCACUCUCUGGUUACUGGAACUUCAAACCCAAGUACCUGGAAAACCAGUUCCGUAAAAGUGCCACUGAAGCCAAUUAUUACACAGGAAUGGCCAGUUUCGCCUCAGUGGUGCUGGGAACUGGUAUAGGUGGAGCCAUCCUCAGAUGGGUGAGACCACGACCACAGUUCGUGGCAGGUUACAAUAUUUUCGUCACCCUCUUCCUCACCGCUGGUUUCAUCGUCCUCAUGUUUAUUGGCUGCCCGAAACUCACUAUGGUUGGACCAGUUGAUGGGUGGUCGGCGCCUGAGUGUUCCUUUGAGUGCGGGUGCUCUGAGAGGUUCUCACCCGUGUGGCCACAGGAUCUGGCCCCCGUGUUCUACUCUCCCUGCUACGCUGGCUGCCUCACUGCCAACACCUCCGUCAGCCCCAUGGUUAAGGAUUCCUAA